CUCUCCCUUCCCACCGGCGCGGCUCCUUUCCCCGUCGCCCUCGCGCCGCCAUCCCCGCCUCCUCAUCCCGUGGAUGCGGCUCAUGGCGCUAGGGCCCGGGCUCGUGGGCGCCGCCGCGCUAGCAGAAGCUACAGAGGAGAGCGGCUCGCCGUCGGCCCUAGCAAGAAGCAGAAGCAGAGUAGGAGGACGGCAGCGGGAGUGGUGCGCCGCCGGCUCGCCCUCGCCGGCGUCGGCGCCCCUCAUCCUCCCACCUACAGCCAGCCCGCCUAUAGGAGAUUCGUAUUCCGGUUUAAUUGGGCCACCACUAACCUUUCAAAUUGCCAAGGGUAUAGAAAUGGGUGACAAGCCACUUCUUAAUCUGAAGGGUUAUAUCAUAGGCAACCCAUUAACGGACCGCAAGUUUGAUUUGCCAGCAAGGGUGCCAUAUUCCCAUAGGAUGGGUCUCAUAUCUGAUGAACAAUAUGAGAAAUACAGGGAACGUUGUGGUGCGGACACCGGUAUGAACCGAAACAUACAAUGCAAAAAUUGCCAUGAUGCGAUAGAUAAGUGUUUGAAGGGCAUAAACAUACAUCACAUCCUAGAAUCCGAAUGCUUUUCCGAAUACAAUGGAAAUUCAGAUAGCGGCAGGACGCUGCUUGAUUACCCUGGUGCAGAGCUUGGCUUAUCUGAUAUUUCUUCCGAGUGCAGAGAAGGAUAUAGCAUGUCCAGCAUCUGGGCAAACAACAGGGCAGUGAGAGAGACUCUGGGUGUUCACAAGGGAACGGUUCCUGUGUGGGUGAGAUGCAACCACGGCACGCCAUACACCACCGACAUCAGGAGCAGCGUGGAGUAUCACCGGAGCCUGGCCAAAAGAGGCUACCGGAGCCUGAUCUACAGCGGUGACCACGACAUGACUGUGCCUUUCAUCGGCACCCAGGCAUGGAUCCGCUCUCUCCGAUUCGCCGUCGUCGAUCAGUGGAGGCCCUGGUAUGCCACCGGCCAAGUUGCUGGGUUUACAACGCUGUACGCUAACAACCUCACUUUUGCGACAGUCAAGGAUGGUUCUCUCUGUGAAGGUGAAGGUGAAAGUGAUGCUUCUUGGUCUUUAUUUGCGUGGAUGUGUUUAGUUCAUCUCCCAACUUUACCUUUUGCUCUGUCCUUUUAAUCCCAAUAUGAAAUCCAUGGAUCGAAACUAUUUGAUGUGUCACCAUUAGUGAGGAUUGUUACACUGUUGUGGUUGGGAUUGGGCCGGGUCUUGCGAACACAGACAGGGACACAUAAAAGAUCGACGACGUAAGCUGUCAAUCCAUUUGUUUCGUGAUGUACUCUUCUCCCAAAGUUGGUUCUUUUCCUCAUAUUUGUUUUCCUCCUGUAUAUUUGACCUGCUGCAAAUGGGAGGAGUUUUCUUAUAUGUUCCCAUUUUUUUCUCGCAAAGUUUGUGCCCUUUGUUGCUAUGCCUGGGUUUGGAGUAUAGUUCGGUCCCAUGUGGUCAAGCAAGGACGUUGGUUGCGCCGUCGUGGAAGGAGGUGCACCAUCAAGGGGCAGCAGCGCGAGGAGGUGCACCAUCGAGGAGCAUCAGGGGAUGAGAUUUGUGGUAAAUGCAUGGAAAAUUUCAUUAGGUUAAUGGUACUACAGAGAAAAUUUCAUUUGUAUGUUCUUCAUAGUAGAGGUCGAUUCAUGUUACAUCUGCCUAAGCCACACAUAUGUUACUGCAGUUCGAUUAAUUGUAGCCAGUAGGUACUAUAAAUAUCGUUUCAGUCUUAAAUCUAUCAUUACAUAUACAUCCCUAUAUAAUGUGUGAACUGUCAACUGAAACUUGGCCAGUGCCCCAGAGUGAUAUUUUAUAUGUUAUUACCUUCUUGUUCUUAAUGUGCAGAAACAAUUUUGAAUGAAGCCUAACUAAAAUACUAAAGGCAGUAACUUCAUAACUGUCGAUGAUAAAUAGUGCAGAUAAUUCAUCAUAAUUUGAACUGCACCUCUACAUACGACCGACAACAUGAAGUUUUCUGCAAUGAGUGCUAGCUUAGGUGAUGUGUAACGUUAAGAGUAGCUGAGUGGUAUGUUCAUCGAAGCCAUGCUUUGUAAAAUAGGGACUGUCAGAUGGCCUUGGAAUAUAACCAUUGUAAUUUGACUCAUAUAAUGAACUGUGCAAAAGUGGUGGUUCUCUUCUCCUCUCUUUCAAUAGUCAAUCGUCUGGUUUCCUAUGUUCUUUCCUUCUUUGGAUUGACUCGUGCAGUACUGUAUGUUCUCCACCAUGCUUACACCGACAGGAAUUUGGAGGAGCCGGCAACGGUGGCAGUGCUUCAUUUUCAUGCCGACAAUGGAAGUAUGGAGCAUGCAAGAAAUAUCGGGUUGGUACUCUACAUUCGUCUCCUCUAAAUAAUGACAACCUCUGCUUGCUUUCUCAUGGAAAAUUCUGAUGUUAACCUCUCCUUGCUCUCCUAUGGAAAAUUAUGUUCUAACAUGCAGAUCGGCAUACUCCAUCAACCUGUAGGUAAGGCAUCAAACUAUAUAUCUCAAAUUAAGGUUUGUUUUUGGUUGGAUGUAAUUCACUCAACACCAUUCUUCUAUAAAUAAACUGAGGUUGCAAUUAUCUGUCCAUGCAUUUCUGAAUUUUAUUUUUUGUUGAACAUUCAAAACAUCCACGAGGAAGCAGAUGAGAAGAGAAGUACUUAGGGGACGAUGUCGAUCUUACACAUUCAGCUUUGUGUACAAAAUUAUGUGAUGAUGGAUGAUGGAGCUGUCCUUCGAAGAAUUGUUUAAUAAACUAAAAAGUAGAAACACCAUGUCUUGUUCAUGUGCCAAAUCAGCAUUGCAAUGCGCUGACUCAUGUGUGGCAUCCGUCCAUGUUGAUUAAUGGAACCUUUGAUAAUUAGUACUAGAUGCAUGCAUCACCUAUGAUAAUUAAUAUAUGUCUGAUACAAUA